AAAGAAACCAGUAGCGGGACGGAGGGCGGGGGUGGCCCGAAAGUGAGGGUCUGAAAGUAAACCGGAGACACCCUACUCUGGCAGCGGGCGGACGGGCAUGGAUAGAUAGGAAGCUAGGCCUCUGGGCGACGAGCUGUAGUCCCCGGAGCGGUGACUGGGAGGAAAGGCCUAGUUUGAGUUGCGGGAGAAAAGGGCCUUGCGGGAGAUGAUCAUGACCUAAUUGCUUGGGGAUGUGAUUUCCUAGGUGGGCAGCCAUCAAAAAAAAAAAAAACCCCACAAAACAGUUGAAGGAUGGAUACCAUUGCGUUUGUUAAAAGCAUGUUGAAAGGAAACUAAGAAAGCCAGGAAUCUCAGUAUGAAUCAGUCUAGAUCUAGAUCAGAUGGUGGUGGUGAAGACAACUCUUCUCGAGAUCACAGUCAUCAUGAAAAUGAGAGAAGAUGGCAGCAGGAGCGUCUCCACAGAGAAGAGGCCUAUUACCAGUUUAUUAAUGAACUCAGUGAUGAAGAUUACCGGCUAAUGAGAGACCAUAAUCUUUUAGGCACCCCAGGGGAAAUAACAUCAGAAGAAUUGCAACAAAGGUUAGAUGGAGUCAAAGAACAAAUAGCUUCUGAGCCUGGCUUGAGAAAUGGAAGCCGUUCCAGAGACUCAGAAGUUCCUAGAGAAAGUUCAAAUGAAGAUUCUCUGCUAGAAUGGCUAAACACCUUUCGUCGCACAGGAAAUGCAACUCGAAGUGGACAAAAUGGGAACCAAACUUGGAGAGCUGUGAGUCGAACAAAUCCAAACAGUGGAGAGUUUCGAUUUAGUCUGGAAAUCCACAUAAAUCAUGAGAAUAGAGGAUUUGAAAUUCAUGGUGAAGAUUAUACAGGCAUUCCACUUUCAGAUACUAACAGAGAUCAUAUCACAAAUAGGCAACAAAGAUCAACUAGUCCUGUGGCUAGUCGAACAAGAAGCCAAACUUCAGUGAACUUGAAUGGUAGCAGUUCCAACAUUCCAAGGACUAGGCUUCGUUCAAGGGGGCAAAAUUCAGUAGAAGAAUCCUUUUCAACAUUGGGGAGAUUAAGAAAUAGAAUUGGAGGUAUAGUUGGCAUUUCUAGCACUAGUGCUCCAAGUGAUAAUUUCAGUAGCCACACAAACCAGGUGGGUGGUAGUGUACUCAGGCAAAGGGAGGGACAACGAUUUGGAGCAGCACAUGUUUGGGAAAAUGGGGCUAGAACUAAUGUUACAGUGAGGAAUACAAACCAAAGAUUAGAACCAAUAAGAUUACGGUCUACUUUCAAUAGUCGCAGUCGUUCACCAAUUCAGAGACAAAGUGGCAGUGUUUACCCAAAUUCGCAGAGGGAAAGUAGACCUGUACAGCAAAACAUUAGAAGGUCUGUUAGGAGGAGAGGUAUAACUCGUGUCUUUUUAGAGCAAGAUAGACAACGCAGGGGUACUGCAUAUACUCCAUUCUCUAACUCAAGACUUGUGUCAAGAAUAACAGUAGAAGAAGGAGAAGAGCCCAGCAGAUCUUCAACUGCUGUGCGGCGACAUCCAACAAUCACACUGGACCUACAAGUAAGAAGGAUUCGACCUGGAGAAAACAGAGAUCGGGAUAGUAUUGCAAACAGAACUCGAUCUAGAGUAGGGCUAGCAGAAAAUACAGUUACUAUUGAAAGCAAUAGUGGAGGCUUUCGUCGAACUAUUUCUCGUUUAGAGCAGUCAGGUAUUCGAACCUAUGUUAGUACCAUAACAGUUCCUCUUCGUAGAAUUUCUGAAAAUGAACUUGUUGAACCUUCAUCAGUAGCACUUCGGUCAAUUUUAAGGCAGAUCAUGACUGGAUUUGGAGAAUUGAGUUCUCUAAUGGAGGCUGAAUCUGAGUCAGAGACUCAGAGAAAUGGUCAGAAUUUACCAGAGAUGCACUCAGAGCCGAGUAAUGUAGGUACACUUCAUGAUACCAACCAGAACCAUGAAAGGUCUUUGCGAGACAGGCGGGGCCAGGAAAGCGCUGAAAUGCGUGGUGACAAUAACACCACCCAGCCUCGUACCCCAAACAGUGACAAUAGAGGUGGCAGACAGUUGCCAAAUUCAAAUAACUUAGUCCAAUUCGAAACAGGAACAUUACCUAUCCUUCGCCUUGCUCACUUCUUUUUACUAAAUGAAAGUGAUGAUGAUGAUCGUAUCCGUGGUUUAACCAAAGAGCAGAUCGACAAUCUUUCCACUCGGAACUAUGAGCAUAACAGUAUCGAUGGUGAACUAGGUAAAAUCUGUAGUGUGUGCAUUAGUGACUAUGUAACUGGAAACAAACUCAGGCAAUUACCUUGUAUGCAUGAAUUUCAUAUUCAUUGUAUUGACAGAUGGCUCUCAGAGAAUUGCACUUGUCCUAUCUGUCGACAGCCUGUUUUAGGGUCCAGUCUAGCAAACAAUGGGUAAAGUCAUAGAUCUCUUCAGAUAUUGCAUAUUAGUAGAGUUGAGUAUUCAAGCAUUCUUUUGUUGAGUUAUUGUGAUGAGUUCACCAGGAUAAAAAAAAUAACUGAUUAUUAUAGUUUGAGCUAUUUUUUGUGUGCUUUUCUAACUUGUUAAAAAGAGGAAAUUUAUAUAAAAUUUAAAAUGCAAAUGUUAAAUUAUCCAAAAGUAUAAAAUAGUUAAUAUUGCUAGAACCAAAUAAUCUUUAAAAAUGUUUUUAUUUUGGUAACUUUGUCAUGCUAAGCACUUUUGUAUCUGCACAAUUCAGUAGAUUAAAAAUCAUCUUUUUUUUUUUUCUUCUUUUUGUAAUUGUAAGCAGACUUUCCUUGGACUUUCAAGUUCCAUAGGCUUAGUACUGUGUUCAGACAUAGGUGUCUAAGCCUUUCAUUAACUUUUUAUUCUAAGGACAGUGUUUUCAUAAAAGAGAGUUUGGCUGAAUGUUUACUAAAUGUAUUUAAGUUACUUGAAAUGUUAAACUUAAUAUGCAACAUAGCAUAUGUAUAUAUAUAGAUAUAUAAUUUUAAGGUUAAAAUAUUCAGUCUGAAAACUGCCGGUUUGGUUCUUAUUUAAGCUUUUGGGAUAUUGCAUAUGGCACAAUAUUUAAUAUUUACAGGAUCAUCUCUGGGAGGAAGUGGAUUAAGAUAUUUAAAAAUAGGGAAUAUACUGAAGCGUCUCUGACAAUCUGACUUACUAGACAGCAAGCAAUAUAUAGUACUGAAUAAAUAUUUCUUUAUUCAAAAUGGAACAUGAACAUUUUAGAACAUGUAGGCUAUUUAAGUUGAUUUCAGCAUUUUGUGACUUUUUUUAAAAGUGCAAACAAUUCUUUGGAUUAUACUAAGAUAUACAGUAUGCAUGGUUUCUCAGAUUUAGUUUUAAAAUCUAAAAAAAAAAUGUAACAAUCAAAUGCAUAGGUGAUAUGUUAAGUUCACUUGGAGGCAAAAACAAACCUCCAAACAAAGCAAAACAAAAAAGUCCUGGAGAGGAUAUAGAAUUUAUUUAAACGCAAAGUAUGCACUGAAGAUCUAUUUCUACCAAUAAAUAAUUAAAACAAA